UGAUCAGUGUAUGAAAAUGUUCGCGGGAUUGAAGAAUAAAAUACGCGAGGAAAUCGGAAGUGAUGUGUCGGCUGUGGUCAGGAGUGCUGGAUCGGUCAGGGGUAUCAAUUCCAGACAAAUCUCACAGACUGGUUCCUCCAGCAGUAUAAGUGGCUCGCAAAUAUCCCUGGACGAGUCUCGUGACGGCAGUGCCAUAUCCCCAUCCCCAAUCCUCCACCACAAAAGAGAAAACAGUUUGGAUUUCAAAUUAAGCGAUGGCACACCGUUGACACCCAAAGAUAUUAAAAAAUUCGAGAGUCGCGAGGAGGAGUGGAGGAGACGCCUGAUGAAAAAAGAGGCGGAGUUGCAGAAGAAAAUUGAUAAGAAGGAUGACGAGUGGAGGGUCAAGCUGCUCGAGAAGGAGAAAGAGUGGAAGAAGAUCCUGGAGAAACAGGAGAAGGAGAAAUUGAAAGUGGAAGAGGAGAGACAGAAAGCUGAGACUGCCAGGAAGUCCCUGGAACUCGCACUCAGGGACGCAGAAGAGUACAAAAAGAAACUUUAUAGCUUUCAAGAGGAUGCUGAACAACUUGAGGGGUUUCAGACACAGGAAAUGGCCAAAAUCAAACAUUUAUUAUUAGCGAAAGAACAAGAAGUUGAUGAGAAAUCUCAUCACUUAAAGUCAGCCCUGACUGAGAUAGAAACCCUGAAGACCGAAGUGUCUCGACUGCGCAGAUACGAGGAUGAACUGAAUAAUGUACAGGAUGAGAUGGAAAGCCUUCGUCACACGACUCAGCGUGAAAAGGCGCAAUUAUCCGGGGAAUUGGCCCAAACGAAAGAGGAAGUGCGUCACCUGAUGGUCAAGGUGUUUGUCCUUGAGCAGAGAGUGGCCCUCGAGUCGAACAGUGAAUCAAGUGUUGAUGAGAGAAUAGCAGAUCUGAUGAGAGAGAGAACACUCUUGGAGAGAAAGCUAGAAGAGGCGCAUCUCCAUUUGUCGGACAUUAAGACCAGUUGGUCGGGGAAGAUAUCCUCGCUGGAGACGCAGGUCGGCAGGCUGAGCAGACAAGCCGGUGAAGAGGGUCUCGAGAGACGGAGGGUUGAGGAGGAAAAGGAGAAACUCAAACAGAGGGUUAAACAGUUGGAGGCGGAAAUUGAGGUGAACAAUGUUGUAAUGGCAACGAAAGAUGCUAAGCUUUUGCGCAUGGCGGAAGACAUCGACGAGAUGGCUACGGAACUUAAAGAGCUCCGUGCCAGCGUUGAUGAUGAGGUCGAAGAGUUUAAACGACAAAUUGGAUCAUCAAACGAAGAGUUCGCGAAACUCAGGUCCGACUUGGAAGAGAAGACGAGACAAUUGUCGGAAGUGCAAAUAGAACUGGAGCAGUUGAAAUUGGCCUGCGAGGCUGAGAAGUCCAACAAUUCCUCCUUACACAUGCAAUUAGCACGAUUGCGAGAGAACCUUGAGACUGAGAGAACAUCGUUCGCGACCCUGAGGCUUUCCCUCGAGAAGGAACGCGACGAGAAGGACCUGGCGCUCCUCAGGAAUGCUCAGGUGUCGCAGGACUUCGAGCUCGCGAUGCAGGAGAAGAGGAUUCAGGAGACUGAGAACGUGGAGCUGCAGAGUAAGAUCGAGAGUCUCGAGAGGACGAUGAAGAAGAUGAGGCACGACAUGGACGAGUCCUCGAGGAGUUUCGAGGAGGCCAGGGAGAGAUUAGUUGUGUUCGAGCAGGCGGAGGACGACCGAAAGAAGAACGAGGAGAUGGAGAGAACGUUGAAGAGUAAUUUGUCGGAUAUGGAGGAACAGUUGAGCGAUAAGACAAAGACAAUCAAAGUGCUUCAGCAGAGGCUAGCAGACAUGAAGAAGACCCUUCAACGAGAAUUACGAGUACCUUCAUCAUCAUUGGACAGUGAUGCUGAGCCACCUCCAGCAAUACUCAAUCCCAGUUCAUCCAAAACUGUCACUGCCAAAAAUUCCAGCGGCCAAGAGGAGGAUGUCAACUUCAAAUAUCUCAAGCAUGUGCUGAUUAAGUUUUUGACGAGUAGGGAAUACGAGGCUCUCCAUUUGACCAGAGCUGUAGCCACACUCUUACACUUUUCACCAGAGGAAGAAAGACUGCUCCAGGAGACACUGGAAUGGAAAAUGUCGUGGUUUGGCACACGUCCAAAUUUAGGAUUCGGCCAGACAGCAAAAGCUAUUCCCCCCAGCUGAUAGUGAGGUGUAUUCUCCGUUCAAGGAGAAGUGUCAAUUCCAAUGGGCCAAAGUGCCACUGACUUUGAAUCAUAUUCCAUUGAUGAAUCACUGCUCCCACUGUCACGAUCUAUUUUCGGGUAGAAGUUGAGAGAUUGCAGGAAUAGGAAUGACCAAAAUUCCAUGAAUUUUUUUAGAGCCAAGAACUUAUGCCAAUUACUUUAGAUGGAUAUUAAUUUGUAUGAUUUUGCCUGUGUGAGAACCCUUGUGACGUUUAUGUGAAUUACGUUUUGUACAAAUUGCUUGUAUAUGUGACUACGAAUUUGGAGGCGAUAGUUUGGAUUCAGGGGAUUAUUUAAUUCCAUAUAAACGAGAAAACCCCACCGAUUAGACGUAAUUGUGAUAUGCUUGAGUAUUUUUGGAGAUGAGAAUAGACAGUUGAGGGGAAUUGUUCAGCUAAACAAAUUUCGUUGGAAAUUCCAGUAGAAAUUCACGAGAUUCGUGGGUCGAUAAGUAUUAAUAAAACAUUGCCAGUUUCAACAUUUUCCUAGGAGAGAUGGGAGGGGAGAGUGAGUAGAGAGGAGAGACGAAUUUUGGGGACGAGACACGUUGAACGUGUUCCGACAGAUUUCAAUAAGGAGUUACUGUGCCUAAUUCAGACAUCGUACCAUAGAUCCCAACUGUCGAUAAAUUGUACAUUAAAUAAAC